UAUUGCAAAUCAGUCCUCCAAGUAUGAAGCUUGUCAAUAAGAUAUUAUGACAAUCAACAUCAUUCAGUUAAUAUUACUCUUAAAAUAUAGGUAUUAGAAAUGAAAUACAUAAAAAUUGUGUGGCAUUUCUGUAAAUCUUCUCCCCAAGAACUGUUGCAGGUAAGCUUCUGCCUAACUUCCAACAGCGAUCUAAUCCAAACUAUUAGCGCUAAACACCGCUUGUGAAUUCGACUGCUGGAGAUAGAUAGAGCAAGACGAAAUAUGUCGAGGCCAGAGCGAAGCGAUGUCCAUCUCCCGCCGGAGGAGGCGAAGAGAGUGGAGGAAGAGACGCGGCGAUACUUUGAGAAGAUGAUCCCCAAACGCCGCCCCAAGCCUGCACGCAGUGAUCCCGACGGCCUUGACGGCGAUCUUGGGCAGUUCGGAGGGGAUUCGAUUCCUGCCGAGCUCCGGAAACUCCAAGAACUCAACGCCGGGGAACAGAAGCUGGUGUGUGAAGGCGACGGGGCUGUGGAGGAGUAUGUGGAGACGGAGUAUUACACAGGGCUCCACUGCAUCGACAAGCAGCAUCACACGGUACGAUGGCUAUUAAAAAUUUUUAUUUUAUUGGAAAAAUCAGAUCGCUGUCAGAAACGCUGUCAGAAAGCUGCAUGCAACCGCACCUAG